UUUCGUUCGUUGACUAUACAUUAAUAUCUCUAUAGAGUAAAUCAGCCAUGGAUGGUACUUCAUCAUCUGGUGCACACGUGCGUUCAACAAGCUGGUCCGAAGACGUUAAUCCUCUGUCUCGAGCCAUCGAAGAUCAUCUUCUGAUACUAAAGAAAAAACCAGAGUCCGCUUGUCGGAAACUUGGAGUUUUAAAGAAUCUGUACGAGGUUGUCGAAGUUUUCCUCCGUUUUCAAACGACGAAAACUCAAAGAUCUUUAUCCGGAUUCGAAGAUGUUUCCGACGGAUUCAUCGAGGUUCUUGAUAUCUGCAGCACGAUCAGAGACGUUCUGAUGGAGAUAAAAGAACAAGUCAGAGAACUGGAAUCAAGCUUGAGGAGGAGAUUGGUCAGAAGCAAAUCAGGAGAAGAUCAAGAAGCUUUCUUGGCGCGUGAGCUAGACGCUUACGUGUUUAAGAGAAGAGCAUUGAGCAGAACGAUUGUCAAACAAUUGAAGAAAACAGAGGAUAAGAUGAGGAAGAAGAAGAGAGAUUGUGGAGACGUCAUUAAUGUAAUGAAAAGAGUUGAAAAGACGAGCUUCGAUGUUUUGGUUUCUUUGUUGAUCCAGGUAGUGACGAAGGAUCAGAGAGAUGAUAAGAAGAGAUCAAGAAGAGGAAUUGUGUCGAGGGUUUUUAAUAAGAAGAAUCAAGAAGUUGAUGCGGAUGAGCUGAAGAAGUUGAGAGAAACAGAGCAUGAGAUUGAAGAAACAGAGAGAUAUUGGAGUGUGUGUAUAAGAAAACUGUUGAAGACAAGAGUUUCUUUUCUUAACAUGCUUACUAUUUGAGAUUGUAUAAAUGUAAUUUGUUCAU